CCCCAAAAGUCUUUAUUUGGUUGAUAGACAGUCUCCGUCCUUGCGUAACUAUUGCAGUCUCGCUGUUUCCAGAAUCAUCUGGACACUCUUCUUCCUUCCUUAGUCGAUCACCGCAAAACUCAAAAUCAACAAACAGCUAACAAAAAAACAAAUGUUCGGCGUCGUGUUCCCCAACCGAAGCUUCCCAAUCGACAUCUCAACCUUCACCCAAAUCGACACUUUCCACUGGGUUCUCGACAUGAACCACUUCGUCGGCGAAGCAUACGAUCAAAUCGGAGAGAUGUGCAUCUUCCUCCUCAACAACUUCACCCUCCCACCCGACAAAGCCCUAGCCGUCUACGUCCAGUCUCCCGGUUCCGCGUUCGCCUUCUGCGGCGCCGUAACCCUAUCUCGCCCCUCGGCGGUUUUGUCUCUCCAGUGGCCGGAGGCGGGGAGCGCGGCUCAGAUGCAGCUCACGGCGGGGGACUCCGCUCCUUUAUCGGCCAAAAUCGGUAUCUCGGUGGAGGACGCGGCGGCGCUUCCGUCGCUGGACGUGGCGGCGGAGAGGAAGAUCGAGCGGCUGGCGAUGAAGGUCGGCGAGAAUCUUUUCAACUUCAUGCAGUCGUUUUGCGGCGUCGACGGGAGCAAGUUGGUUGUUCCGAUGGAUAUUUUGGAUCGGUGGUUUAAGAAGUUUCAGGAGAGAGCUAAACGCGAUCCUGGGUUUCUCAAAAGCUUCGCUUUGUAAUGUUUGUAAACCUCAAAGAGAUUGUAGUGUACUUUACUUUGGCAAUGGGAAAGUGUUUGCUUUUAAAUGUUUUCGUUAACUUGAUGCUGUUUCAGA